UUGAACUCCAGUCAGUGCAGGACAACAGGUGCACUACAACAGCCUCUCUCUCUCUCUCUCUCUCUCUCUGUCUUUCUCUCUCUGCACCUCGCUGUGUUGGAUAAUGCUGUUGAAUAAUUGCGCAGGGCUUCCUCAUCAUCAUCUGCACUUUUUGCACGUUUUUCUAUCCUGAUCACCUUCACAAAAAUGCCUUUUCCGCCCAUCAGCCUCCACCAGCGGAUCUCCUCUCCAGGCAGGGAUCUAUUCGGGAAAAAGAAAGCCAUGGCAGUGCCUCCUCCUCACACUGAGAUCACCAGCAAAGGAGAGAAAGGAGGGUCGGAGAAGGAAAAACAGUCCUCUUCUUGGACAGCAGCGAAUUUAAGGAAUUUGGGUCGAAAAGACAAGAGUAAAAGCCCCCCUCAGAAGGCAGGUGUCGGUCAGGAGACCCAGGGAAAAAGCUCCUCCUGGCUGUCCAUACCCAAACCUCAGGAUCCAUCCGAAGGAGUCAGGCGCUCCAGCUCCAUGGACUCAUCCAGACACCUCCACAAAGAGGAAGGGAAGAUCCAGUUCACCCUCAGUCUCACCCCUGAAGCCAUUCUCGUCAUCCAAAAACGAAAUCUGGAAAAGCAGAUGAUGGCAAAGCAGCAGAAGUGUUGCGCGUCUGCGGACUUUCGCCACUCCAGGCGCGUCUUUCCAUCCAUCAAAAAGACGCACCAAGGAGCGACCAAAGCGAGCGCUCCUUCUGCUGCAGGAGCCAAGCAGGAGAGCGCCGAGCAGGACAUCACAGCCAUCGUUAAGAUCUCUCUGUUGAACGAUCAGUACAAGUACGACGACGUGGAGUACGAAGAGGAGGACGGAGACGUGGACGAGACUGUUGUGAGGAAAUGUAAAGAGUGGCUCAAAGGGGUGGAAAACGCAGCUGCUUUGGGAAAAGUGGACAAACUUUCUGCACUUAAAGGCUGCUGACACCCUGACUUUUUGAUAGUUUGUUUUUUUUGAACAGUAAGACUUGGAGAGAUGAUGAUGGACUCAUGGAAAAGUGUGCACCGAUGUGCAAUGCCAUCUUAAAUUUGAGUCUUGUACAAUUUGAGAGGGGAGAAAAUCCACUCCAUAAGGAAUGUCAAUUGUGUUUGAGUUAUUUACUAAAACAAGUGUCACAAAAAAUGGCACUCCAUUGAAGAAAAUGAAAAAUAGAUGAGUAAAUUGGAAUACAUUUUUUGAACAGCAGACUUGGAGAGAUGAUGAUGAUGGACUCAUGGAAAAGUGUGUAGGCCUCCUGCAAUGCCAUCUUAAAAUUUGAGUCUUGUAAAAUUUGCAAAUGAGAGGGGAGAAAGAAAAUCCACUCCAUAAGGAAUGUCAAUUUGUUUGAGUUAUUUAUUAUAGUGUCACAAAAAUGGCACUCAUUGAAGAAAAAUGAAAAGUAAAUUGGAAUAAGAGGACAUUUGACUUUCACUCUCCUCAUCAAAAAAAUAUGAUUUUAAAGCUUUUGAUUGCAGCCAACAGUGCUUCUUAUGGUUCACAGGGACGUUUGCUUUGCCAGUUUAAUGCCUGUUCAAUGUUUGGUUAAAGUUUCAACUGAAUACUUUAAUAUUGUCGUCCUUUGCACAUGGGGUUUUGUUUUCAGUGGAUUGGCAGAGGGGUUUUGCGUAAAAGCGACGCCGAACCUGUUUCCUUUGUGUUGGAGAACAAUGCACCGUCAACAACAGGGUUUUAUAUAUAAUGAAACCAAACUGGACUGUUUAUUUUUCCUCUAAUAAGAGGCUUAUAUCCUUUGUAGGGAUUUAUCAGCGAUGUACAGUAUUUAAUAUUGACUAAAUAUUUGUACUGUUUUCUCAGCUUGAUGAUUUUAUGCCAUUUGAAGUAAAAAAUGUUUAAAUUACACAAGUGUCUUUUAAAAAGCUCA